AUGGAGGCGGCGUUGGAACAGCUGCGGCCAGCGCAAAAGCGCCUCAUUGAUGCCAAUGCUGAACGUGCCUUGGCCAUUCUGGACCGCCUGCUCGCCCGCAUGGAGAUGGUUCCGCUCCUGGCGGCCGUGGGUCAAGUGCGCGAUUCCCAUUUGGUAGACUCCGAUCUUCGCCUGACCAUUGAUGAAUUUGUAGAAGCGCAAAACACCGUGGCACGCCUCGGAAACCCUGCCAAUGAACAUCAAGGCUCAAAUGGCCCUACAAACCCAGCCGACCGCACAGCCUUGUUCGUGGCCGAGCAAGAUCUCCGCCGCACGACCCGACUUCUUGUGCGCCAGCUCGAUCAGAACCAAAACUUCAAAGCCCUGUUGCUCGCUGCCCAGAACAACACCAACCCGGAAUCGGCCUCAUCGACAACUGUCAACGCGGUCGACCUUGACCGGGUCGCCAAUACUGUAACAAGUCUUCACGACAUGUUGGAAACUCGUUUGUUGACCACCACCGAGGAGAUGAGCCGUCACAAGGAACUGGUGCAGCAGCUUGCCACGCGUGAAGCGGUGCAUGCUAAAGAGAUUGAUGGACUCGAGCAAGAGCUGGCGGCUCUUCAGGUUACUCGUGAUGCCGAAUGCCAAGAACGCCAAGUCCUGGUUGAUCAGUUGGAAGCUCGACUGGAGACCAUGACACAGCACGCCACAGAACAGAACAAGCAGCUUCUUCGCACAACCAAGAAGCGGCAACUCGAAAUCGACUCGGAGCUCACCUCCUCCUCAGAAGCCAUUGCCAAGCAGAUUGCGCAGGUCCAGGCCGAUCUUGCCACCCUUCGGCGCAACAACAAGGAGAUUGAAACAAAGCUACGACAGCGCAAGCGUCGCAUCGAGGCUCAAGUUGAGGAUAUCAUCUUUCAAUACGAUCAGGACAUGGGCCAUAAACAACUCGACUUGGACCAGCUCAACACCCAACACAAUGCGGAACUUGAGCAAAUGAAGGCUCUUCAGGCCAAGUUUGACGAACUCGAGGUCGAGUACAACAUUAUCAUGGCAGACCGCAAGCGCGAACGAGAGGCCAAACAAAAGGCUGAAGAAGAAAUGCAGAAAAUGGUUCGUGCUGCGCUAUUGGUGCAGGCCAUGUGGCGCGCCUACAAAGCACGCAAGCCAACCCCUCAUGCCACGGUUGUGGCCAUCCCUUGCUGA